GAUAGCUAAACAUCAGAGAACGAUGGCGUCCGCCGCGAUGGACACCACGUAAAAUAACACACCUACGACACUCCCGGUACGGUCGGCGUGUUCUCCCGUGACACUACCGGUGCUUUCUACACCUUGAAUACGAAUCUUAAACGUGUCGUUAUGGCGACCGGGAACGGCGUCGGCGGCGGCUUAGCGUCAAACCACGACGGCCAGGAGGCUGCGUCCAACUCGGUUCAGUCCGGAGACGCAGCGGUGCCCUCCAACGCGCCAGCGACCGCUCCAGCCUCCGGCCCUGCCCGGUCCGCCUCUCCGCCCGUCCUCGGCCUUCACCGGGAGCCCAUGUACAACUGGCAGGCGACGAAGAGCUCCCUGAAGGAGCGCUUCGCCUUCCUCUUCAACAACGAGCUGCUCAGCGACGUCCGCUUCGUCGUCGGGAAGGGCAGGCAGGCCCAGAGGAUACCGGCCCACAGGUUCGUCCUGGCCGCCGGCAGCGCCGUCUUCGAUGCCAUGUUCAACGGCGGGAUGGCCACGACCUCCGCGGAAAUCGAGCUGCCCGACGUGGAGCCCGCAGCCUUCCUCGCGCUGCUCAGGUUCCUGUAUUCUGACGAGGUCCACAUUGGUCCCGAGACGGUGAUGACGACUCUGUACACGGCGAAGAAGUACGCGGUCCCCGCUCUGGAGAGCCACUGUGUGGAGUUCCUCACCAAGCACCUCAGGGCCGACAACGCGUUCAUGCUCCUCACUCAGGCAAGGCUAUUUGACGAGCCUCAACUAGCCAGCCUCUGCUUAGACACUAUAGACAAAAGCACUGCGGACGCAAUAAACGCAGAGGGUUUCACAGAUAUUGACCUUGACACCUUAUGUGCAGUGCUGCAAAGGGACACGCUCAGCAUCAGGGAGAACCGCUUGUUUGGGGCGGUGGUACGCUGGGCCGAGGCCGAGUGUUACAGACAACAGCUUCCCCCGACCUCGGAGAACAAACAGAACGUUCUGGGCAAAGCCCUCCCGCUCAUCCGCUUCCCACUCAUGACCGUUGAGGAGUUUGCGGCAGGGCCUGCCCAGUCUGGAAUAUUGUUCGAUCGGGAGGUGGUAAAUCUGUUUUUACACUUUACAGUAAACCCCAAACCGCGGGUCGACUACAUCGACAGACCCCGCUGCUGCCUCAGGGGGGAGGAGUGCAGCAUUAAUAGAUUCCAGCAGGUUGAGAGUCGAUGGGGGUACAGUGGUACCAGCGACAGAAUCAGAUUCAAUGUUAACAAAAGAAUAUCCAUAGUGGGGUUUGGCUUGUAUGGUUCAAUACAUGGACCCACUGACUAUCAGGUCAACAUACAGAUCUUAGAGAGCGACAAGCGCAUUAUACUGGGGCAGAACGACACCGGCUUCAACUGUGACGGCACGGCAAACACGUUCCGAGUGAUGUUCAAAGAGCCGGUGGAAAUCCUCCCCAAUGUCAGCUACACUGCGUGUGCCACCUUAAAGGGCCCAGACUCCCAUUAUGGCACCAAGGGGUUGAAGAAAGUGACCAAGGAAACCACAACAGGGGCCAAGACGACCUUUUUGUUUUUUAGCUCACCGGGAAAUAACAACGGUACGUCGGUGGAGGACGGUCAGAUCCCGGAGAUAAUCUACUACACCUAGACUUAACCCGGCGUCACGCUGGUGCACUGAACCUGGGAGACCUCAGGCUGCUGGAGAUAAAUGUAGUGCCUCAUAAUCCCUUGGAAUAAACAACGUGUGUGUUUGAGAGAAAGUGUGUGCGUGCGUGUGUGUGUGUGUGUGUACACAAUAAUGGCGUGUGGACAUGAUUUGCAGUGUUAAAACAAGCAGAGUUGUGUGGAGAGAGGAAAAAAAGCGUUGGUCACAGAUUGUAUCCGUUGUAAAUGAUGUUAAUAGGGACGUCCUGUGCUGUCGUCAGUAAUCUGUCACUGCUGGAGUUAAUCCUGCACGAGGGAAACUUGAGAGACGAACUGUCGGUUGGCGCCAUUUCUUUAUAGUUCUCAGUUUAAGCUGACGCAUUUACCAAAAGUAUAUAAUAUUUGCAUAUUUUUUAUUGUGCACUGUUAUCAUUUAUUCAGCAGGUGUCUUCAAGUACUUUGUCUUUGCAUUGUAUUAAGUAUCCAUGUGUGUUAUGUAAGUGGUACAUGCUGUAAUUUAUAACUUCCAUGUCUGCCUAGCACUACAUUAAAAUGUAAAAAAAGAAAAAACUCCAGGAGUUUCAUGGUGAAAUAAAUGAACAAAAGUCUAUUUUUAGCUUUUUGCCAUUAAACUGUUGUAAAGUU